CUUCUCGUUCGAUAGUUUUUUCUUUGGGGGAGGUGUACAGGACGAUGGACAUAGAGCAGAAACAGGUAGAGCUCAUCGACUACUUCGUGAAGCAAGCCUCCUCCCUGAAGGGCCCCGCCCUCUCCCCUCUCAUCGCCGAGGCCACCUCCAACCCUAACCUCUUCGCCUUCUCCGAGAUUCUCUCCGUCCCCAGCGUUCUCGAGCUUGAAGGGACCGAGUAUUCUGUAUACCUUGAUGUUCUACGCUUGUUUGCUCAUGGCACAUGGAGUGAUUACAAAAGUAAUGUGGGCCAGCUACCACACUUGGUGCCUGAUCAAGUCCUCAAACUAAAGCAACUUACUGUGCUUACUCUGGCUGAGACAAACAAGGUGCUGCCAUACAAUCAACUAAUGCUGGAGUUAGAUGUUGUAAAUGUACGAGAACUUGAAGAUUUUCUUAUUAAUGAGUGUAUGUAUGCGGGUAUAGUUAGAGGAAAGCUUGAUCAGUUGAGAAGAUGCUUUGAGGUGCAAUUUGCUGCAGGGAGGGAUUUGAGACCCGGACAACUUGGGAAUAUGAUAAAAACACUAUCAGACUGGUUGACUACAUCAGACAAUCUUCUUCAUUCUAUUCAAGAAAAGAUAAAAUGGGCUGAUACUAUGAGUGAGAUGGACAAGAAACACAGAAAGGACGUAGAAGAGAGAGUGGAGGAAGUGAAGAAGUCUCUUUCCCUCAAGAAGUUACACCCUGUAAGCAGGCUGACAUUGACUUCCGAGGGCAUGAGGAGAUCUACUCUGAACCUGGCGGAGUGAUGGACUAUGAAGAAGAUAGAGGAGGCCGACCCAAGAGGAGGCGUCACCCAGUAUAGGUAGAUUGCGAACUUUCUGCAUGGGAUUUUGAUGCAACCAGCCAGAAUGUUUGCAAGGCAUUGCGGAGCGGACGAAGCGACGGGCCUUUUCCUAGACAUUGAAUUUUCAGUUGAUAUUUGGGAAAUCACUGGCUUGUCUCGUUGGGGUUGCUAUUUAUUGAGUGGGCGGAACUUACAUCGUAUUGGAUGGCAAGGGCUGGAAUUUUACAUAGUGGAAUACACCAAAGUCUUUAGGAUUUGUUGCCAUUGAGCUUUUUCAAUGUUUUACUUGGGCCAUUAGCUGCACAUUCCAUGGAACUGUCAUAAUUUGAUUUCUUACUGUUUAUUGGUUCUUAAGUUCUCACAA